UCUCCUCUCUCGCCUUCCCUUCUCAGCUCCUUGCUCCCUUGGCCGUGGCUGCCGCCUCCAACCCCCCCCUCCCCAUUCCCCCUUUCCCAGCUGCCAGGAGAGACCCUCCCCAGCCCCUCUCUCAAGACGCUCCCCCCAUCCCAGCUUCUCCCACCCCUUCUCCCCCUCCCCCUCCCACCCCAGCUCAUGUCUCAGCCUCCGGCCCCUGGGGCUUCAAGCCCCUUGCGCCCCCACCCUUCCUGAGAUUGGGGUGGGCACCCCCAAGCUCUCUGUCUUCUAUUCGGGGGACCACCUUUUGGGGCCCCUCUUCCCCUCCCUCCCACGCUUCCCCUCUCUUCCUCUUCUCCCUCCCCCUCCCUCCCCUCCUCACCCCUCCCCCCACCCGCCCCCCCAACAAAAGUGGGGUACGGAGGGGGGAGGGGGGAGAGCUGGCUGAAGGGGGGAAUGAGACCCUAAUGAAGUCAGAGCCCCCCACACGCCACAGCGUCCAGCCCCCCAAACAUGGACUGUCUCUGUAUCGUGACAACCAAGAAAUACCGCUAUCAAGAUGAAGACACGCCCCCUCUGGAACACAGCCCGGCCCACCUUCCCAACCAGGUAAACGCCCCCGAGCUGGUGCACGUGUCGGAGAGGAACUUGUCCCAUCUCGAGGCCGUCAGUGGGGUCGUGGGCCACGCCCACCUCUCCCCGCUCAAGGCCAACUCUCCCCCCGUGAUUGUGAAUACAGAUACUCUUGAAGCCCCUGGAUAUGUGAACGGGACAGAAGGGGAGAUGGAGUAUGAGGAGAUCACCCUGGAGCGGGGUAACUCAGGCCUGGGCUUCAGCAUCGCAGGUGGCACCGACAACCCACACAUUGGCGAUGACCCAUCCAUUUUCAUCACCAAGAUCAUUCCUGGGGGGGCUGCAGCACAGGAUGGCCGACUCAGGGUCAAUGACAGCAUCCUGUUUGUCAAUGAGGUGGAUGUAAGGGAGGUGACACACUCAGCUGCUGUGGAAGCCCUGAAGGAAGCAGGUUCCAUUGUCCGUCUCUACGUCAUGCGUCGGAAACCUCCUGCCGAGAAGCUCAUGGAGAUCAAACUCAUCAAGGGACCUAAAGGGCUCGGCUUCAGCAUUGCAGGUGGCGUGGGGAACCAGCACAUCCCGGGUGAUAAUAGCAUCUAUGUAACAAAGAUCAUUGAGGGUGGGGCUGCUCACAAAGAUGGACGGCUACAGAUUGGGGACAAGAUCCUCGCUGUGAACAGUGUAGGGCUGGAGGAUGUGAUGCAUGAAGAUGCUGUGGCUGCCCUGAAGAACACAUAUGAUGUCGUCUACUUGAAAGUGGCCAAACCUAGCAACACCUAUUUGAGUGAUAGCUAUGCCCCACCUGACAUUACCACUUCCUAUUCCCAGCACUUGGACAAUGAGAUCAGCCACAGUAGCUACCUGGGCACUGAUUAUCCACCAGCCAUGACACCCACCUCCCCCCGUCGAUACUCCCCGGUGGCCAAAGAGCUGCUGGGAGAGGAGGAUAUUCCUAGGGAGCCACGCCGGAUUGUGAUCCAUCGGGGCUCCACAGGCUUAGGGUUCAACAUCGUGGGGGGUGAAGAUGGCGAAGGCAUCUUCAUCUCCUUCAUUCUUGCCGGGGGUCCAGCUGACCUCAGUGGAGAGCUACGAAAGGGGGACCAAAUUCUCUCGGUCAAUGGUGUGGAUCUUCGAAAUGCUACCCACGAACAAGCUGCUAUUGCACUGAAGAAUGCUGGCCAGACCGUCACUAUUAUCGCUCAGUACAAACCAGAAGAGUACAGUCGAUUUGAGGCCAAAAUCCAUGACUUGCGGGAACAGCUAAUGAACAGCAGCUUGGGUUCGGGGACUGCGUCUCUUCGGAGUAACCCCAAACGAGGCUUUUAUAUCAGGGCCUUGUUUGACUAUGACAAAACCAAGGACUGUGGCUUCCUGAGCCAGGCUCUUAGUUUUCGUUUUGGGGAUGUAUUGCACGUGAUCGAUGCUGGUGAUGAAGAAUGGUGGCAGGCACGACGUGUCCAGCCAGAUGGUGAGACCGAUGACAUUGGCUUCAUCCCUAGUAAACGGAGGGUCGAGCGCCGGGAGUGGUCAAGGUUAAAGGCCAAGGACUGGGGUUCUAGCUCAGGAUCUCAAGGUCGAGAAGACACAGUGCUGAGCUAUGAGACAGUGACACAGAUGGAAGUGCACUAUGCUCGCCCCAUCAUCAUUCUUGGUCCAACCAAGGACAGGGCCAACGAUGACCUCCUCUCUGAGUUCCCUGACAAAUUUGGAUCCUGUGUUCCCCAUACGACGAGGCCAAAGCGGGAGUAUGAGGUGGAUGGUCGGGAUUACCACUUUGUGUCAUCGAGAGAGAAAAUGGAGAAGGACAUCCAGGCUCACAAGUUCAUUGAGGCCGGCCAAUACAACAGCCACCUCUACGGGACCAGCGUCCAGUCUGUACGAGAGGUGGCUGAACAGGGAAAGCACUGUAUCCUUGACGUCUCGGCCAAUGCCGUGCGGCGGCUGCAGGCGGCCCACCUGCACCCUAUUGCCAUCUUCAUCAGACCUCGAUCCCUGGAGAACAUCCUAGAAAUUAACAAACGGAUAACGGAGGAUCAGGCCCGCAAAGCCUUUGACAGAGCCACCAAGCUGGAGCAGGAAUUCACAGAGUGUUUCUCAGCCAUUGUGGAGGGUGAAACCUUUGAGGAGAUAUACCACAAAGUAAAACGUAUCAUUGAGGAGCUAUCAGGGCCAUACAUUUGGGUCCCAGCCCGAGAGAGACUCUGAUCCCUUGUCUACCACCGCAGCCUGGACUCACCUGCCCUCCAAGGCCCCUCGGCCUGGACUCACCUGCCCUCCAAGGCCCCUCGGCCUGGACUCACUCACCUGCCCUCCAAGGCCCCUCGGCCUGGACUCUCCUGUCCAAGUCCUUCUCCUCUUAUUUAUUUCCUUUAUGACCCAACCCAGAUGGGGGGGACUUCUCUGCAUGUGCCCCGCCCCCCUGAGCUGGAUGCCUGGGUCCCAGGAGCACAGAGAAGCUAGGGGAGCUGGACACUUGGAUUCCUGCUCCAGGAACCUCUCUCCUAAAAGUCCCUCUCCCCUCAUCCCCCCCACACACCCCCCAGGACCUGGGACACCUCAGCUAUCCCUUCCUGCUUCUUCUCCCCCUUCACAUUCCAGAAUGCAAGGGAACUAGCGCUUGCUAGAGCAACCCAGGCCGGGGCCUGAGGGGCCACUAGGCUCAGCCUUCUCAGCUGAGGGAGAGGCUUGAGCUCACCAACAUCCCAGCUUCCCAGAUCCCCUUGAUUUCUCUCAAGUUUCUUUUUUCUGUUCUCCAUUUUUUUCUUCUCAAAGGUGGUUUAUUUUUUUGGGAAGGGUGUUGGGGGCAGUCACACAGAGCCCCCCCACCUUCCCCAUGAAUUUCCCUCUUUUUCUUGCUGGUUUGCAUGAGUGGAAGGUCUAACUGUGGCUUUUUUUCUGGGAUUUUUUGGGGAAGGGGGAGGGACAGGGUCUGGGGAGUAGGGAAUAUGGGAGGGGGUGGGGAGAGGGAAAAGGGGGGGUGGGCCUUGGGGAGCUGGGGGAGAUUAGAUAUGCUGCCGCCUUCUGCAAUUUAUUUUUUUUUUGAGAGAGCGAAAGGAAGAGACAGAUACUUG